AUGUGGCCCAGGUCUCUGUCUGCCCGUCCGCGCUCCCACACCAUCAUCUACUCCAGAGAUGCCGCCUCUCCCCUGAGCGCCAGGCCAUCUCCCGAAAUUUUACAUUUUUUUCCCUUUCUUAGGACAAAGUUAAACUAUAAUCCUCCCAAAGAUGAUGGAUCAACCUAUAAGAUUGAACUUGAAGGGAUAUCGGUAAUGGUUAUGCGAGAGAUCCUGGAUUACAUCUUCAGUGGGCAGAUCCGGCUGAACGAAGAUACAAUCCAAGAUGUUGUGCAGGCAGCAGACCUGCUCCUGCUGACAGAUCUGAAAACCCUGUGCUGUGAGUUCUUAGAAGGCUGCAUUGCCGCCGAGAACUGCAUCGGGAUCCGAGACUUUGCCCUUCAUUACUGCCUGCACCACGUCCACUACCUGGCCACGGAGUACCUGGAGACCCAUUUCCGGGACGUCAGCAGCACCGAGGAAUUCCUAGAACUCAGUCCACAGAAGCUUAAAGAAGUGAUUUCUCUGGAGAAGUUAAAUGUCGGCAACGAGAGAUACGUGUUUGAAGCAGUAAUCCGAUGGAUAGCACACGAUACAGAGCUGAGAAAGGUGCACAUGAAGGACGUGAUGUCAGCCCUGUGGGUUUCAGGGUUAGACUCCAGCUACUUACGGGAACAGAUGCUGAAUGAACCGCUGGUGCGCGAAAUCGUCAAGGAGUGCAGCAACAUCCCGCUGAGCCAGCCGCAGCAGGGGGAGGCCAUGCUGGCCAACUUCAAGCCGCGGGGUUACUCCGAGUGCAUUGUGACUGUCGGCGGGGAGGAAAGAGUUUCACGGAAACCAACAGCAGCGAUGCGAUGUAUGUGCCCUCUUUAUGACCCUAAUAGGCAGCUUUGGAUUGAACUGGCCCCUUUAAGCAUGCCAAGAAUUAACCACGGAGUUCUCUCAGCAGAGGGAUUCUUGUUUGUAUUUGGGGGCCAAGAUGAAAACAAGCAGACCCUGAGCUCCGGAGAAAAAUACGACCCAGAUGCAAAUACAUGGACUGUGUUGCCACCAAUGAAUGAGCCGCGGCAUAAUUUUGGAAUUGUGGAGAUCGACGGGAUGCUGUACAUUUUAGGAGGCGAGGACGGAGAAAAAGAGCUGAUUUCCAUGGAGUGCUACGACAUUUAUUCUAAAACCUGGACAAAGCAACCUGACCUGACCAUGGUUAGAAAGAUUGGCUGCUAUGCAGCUAUGAAAAAGAAAAUCUAUGCCAUGGGCGGAGGCUCGUAUGGGAAGCUCUUCGAAUCUGUGGAAUGCUACGACCCAAGGACCCAGCAGUGGACCGCUAUCUGUCCGCUAAAGGAGAGGAGAUUUGGAGCUGUGGCCUGUGGAGUUGCCAUGGAACUCUACGUAUUCGGCGGAGUCAGGAGUCGUGAAGACAUCCAGGGGAGUGAGAUGGUCACUUGCAAGUCUGAAUUCUACCACGAUGAGUUUAAAAGGUGGAUCUACCUUAACGACCAGAACUUGUGCAUCCCCGCCAGCUCCUCUUUUGUUUACGGCGCCGUCCCCAUCGGAGCCAGUAUUUACGUUAUCGGAGAUCUCGACACAGGUACCAACUACGACUACGUGCGUGAGUUUAAAAGAAGCACGGGCACGUGGCACCACACCAAGCCGCUGCUGCCGUCCGACCUCCGCCGCACCGGCUGUGCGGCCUUACGCAUCGCCAACUGCAAGCUCUUCCGCCUGCAGCUUCAGCAAGGCCUGUUCCGGAUCCGUGUUCACUCGCCCUGAGGAGGCAGCCGCGCCGACGCAGAGCUCCUGACCCAGCGCACCGGGGCACGGCUUUCUGUGAGGGGACGGAGGUGGCGGCCUGACUCUGGUGGAUUUACUGUAACGCUCAGAAGCCCGCGCCGCAGCUCCUCCUGGGGGGACCCGUAACUGUUGAAAGAGCUACCUUGGAGGAAGCAGUUCCUCCAGUAGGUGUGUCCGCAGACAGGCCGAGUCGCCAUCAGGAGGCAAAGGGAAGUGGGAAUCGGGAUCAUGUAAAAUACUGACGUUACCUUACCGCGGCGCGUUCUCCCGCGAGGGAAGUCCUGUCCGAGUGACGGCUGUGUGCGAGCACCUGGCUUUGGGAAGCAAACAGAAAUCCGUAUAUGCAAACCCGCAUAGCCCAACGUACCGAGAUUGCUUUCCUCCUGCCCCGGAAGGAAAUACCAUGCCUGACCCUGCCCGACAAAUUAAGGUCUGUGCCUAAAACGUUAGAUUGGACUGUAUGCCAGUUAGUUUCCACUCACUACUAGUACUGUGUCCUAAGAAUCUUUUUAAAACUAUAUUAUCAUGAAUUGAAACUAAGAUAAAAUUUCUCUUUUAUGACAUUCUAUCUUAGUGACCUACAGGUUCAGUAAAUCAGUGAGCCAGGGUGCAGCCCUCGUGUGAAUUUCAAGGCAGUUGCUGGCUUCUGGUGUUACGAUAGGCAUGUCCUGCCAGAAUUCCUGGGGUGGUGGUCGCGGAGCCGUGAGGGGUCUCCCGCAGUGCCGUUCUGCCUGUCCAGUUAACCGGAACCGUUUCAUAAACGUGAGGCGAUUAGCAGAGGAAGGGGUUUUACACAAGAAAGACCUGAGUCAGACCAGUGACCAAGGUCUGCUGUGACUACAAAAACUGUCCAGACAAAAUAUAUAGGGAUCAAAAAACUUUAAUCUGUCUGAAAGCACACACAGUCUUGUUUACUCCUGUUUCGGAUUGAAAUCUUAGAACGUGAACCUGCAUUAAGAAUCUAGUCUUCGUAGCAGAAUUUUCUCAAUGCCGUUCACUAGCAAGAGUUUUAGACAAAUUACAUUAUAAGUAAAGUUUGGCUGGUAGAAUAAACUACCUCAACUUAAUUUCAUUCUGUUCAUAGUCGAGCAAAUUCAUCUCUUCCUCUGCUUCUCUGCUCCCCCGCAUUCCUGUGUCCCCCCACGCCGCCGCCUUUCCCAGUGGGGGAAAGAAAUCUGUCAUUAGUAGCACUUAUCUUGUAAGAAACUUUGUUUUCCAUUCAAAUUAUGCCACCUUAGUGUGAAAUCAGGGACUUUAAAGUGCUUGAUUAUGUCAUAAUUUGAAUUUUAUGCAAUAUCAGAUUUCUAAUCAAUUUAA